CCGUUUGUAUGUGUACACCGGCUCCUGCGCGUCCUAGCGGGGCACGCGUACUGACGCAAUAGACGAGAGAGAAAUGAAUGGUCGCUGUGAUACACAUAUCGUUAGCCGACAUGCUCAUCGAGCUUACGUGGGAUGAAAUGGUUAAAUCGGAGCUCCCAAUGCUUCUUUUCUCUUCUGGAUGGAGCUGAGCUUAGCUCUGCAGAGCUAGUUCUCCAUAUGCACCAGGUUCUUGAUUUUUGGUUGGUGUUUUUCGAUCCUCCAUACAGAGACCUCGAAAGGGAUCAGCAUCAUGCAGCAAAGGAAGGACAUGUGCCGUUGUGUGUUGCCUUGGGCUUGAGUGGCGAGAUUCUUGCAUGCGCAAUUGAGAAAUCCCAUGGGGUUUAUGGAGGAGUUGUUGAGGAGUGGAUGAGGCUACUUUUUGUUAAGUCUGAAGUCAGGGAGUGAGCUCUGCCGUAGCCGUUAUCAACUGGAAUGGAACAAGUGGAUGUUACGUAUUCGAUCGCAAUACGACUUUGCGGGCCUGUCUAUCUUUGUAUCAUAUCCUGGUAGUAAAGGAACCCCUGUUCUCGAUGCGCUUCAUGUCGAACGAAUCAGCUUCUCAUAUCCGC